GCCCGGGGCGCCCCACGCGGGCGCUCCCAGAGCCUCGGCGGCGGCGCCCGGCUCGGCAGCGAAGGGGGCGCGGGCCGGGACCGGGCGGCGUGGCGGUGGCAGAGGCACCGGUAGCGGGAGCGUCCGGGAGCUGCGGGAGGAGGGCGGCACCGCCGCCGCUGCGCCCCGCUCAGCCGCGCUGUCGCUUCUGCUCGCCCCGCUGCCAUGGGUUAGGGGCGGCGGAGAAGCGGGGGACACCGUCAGGCUGCGGCCGCCGGCGGAGCGCGGAGCGGCGCCCUCGGAGCCAGGGGGCGGACGGCGGCGGCAGGGCGGCCGCCUCGGGGCUGGCGCGGGAGGCCGGGCCGGGGAGCUGACCCGGUGCGAGCGCGGCGGCGGGCGGAGAGAUGAGCGCGGAGUUGGUGAGCAGCGCCCUGGGGCUCGCCCUGUACCUCAACACGCUGGGAGCCGACUUCUGCUACGAUGACAGUCGAGCUAUCAAGACAAACCAGGACCUUCUGCCAGAGACACCGUGGACCCAUAUAUUCUACAAUGACUUCUGGGGAACACUUCUCACUCACAGUGGAAGCCACAAGUCAUACAGACCUCUCUGCACCCUCUCCUUCCGCAUCAACCAUGCCAUUGGAGGGAUGGACCCAUGGGGUUACCAUCUCGUAAACAUCCUGUUGCAUGCUGCAGUCACAGGCCUUUUCACAAAUUUCUCCAGGAUCCUCUUCGGGGAUGGGUACUGGACUUUGAUAGCUGGUUUGCUGUUUGCAUCUCAUCCGAUCCACACCGAAGCUGUAGCGGGGAUAGUGGGGAGGGCAGACAUUGGAGCCUGCCUCUUCUUUUUGCUUUCCCUGAUGUGUUACGUGAAGCAUUGCUCUACAAGAAGUUCCUCAGCUAGAACUUGGGGCUGGAUCUUGGGAGCAGGAGUGUGUGCUGGAUGCAGCAUGCUGUGGAAGGAGCAAGGAGUGACUGUUCUGGCAAUUUCAGCAGUGUACGAUAUCUUUGUAUUUCAUCGGCUGAAAAUGCAUCAGAUCAUUCCUGCUUUAUACAAGAGUCUGUCCUCAUUGCAACCUGUCUUCAAAGACCAAGUUAUGAUCAUUGUACUAAGGAAGAAUUUGAACCUUUUCUUCAGCAUUGGUUUAUUGACCUCCUGGGGGACUGCACUGCUGGGUGUCCGCUUAUACUGGAUGGGCAACAAGCCCCCAAGUUUUUCCAACUCUGACAAUCCAGCAGCUGAUUCAGACAGUUUUCUCACACGAAUGCUGACCUUCCUUUACUUGCCAACAAAGAAUCUCUGGCUGUUAUUCUGCCCAGACACCCUCAGCUUUGACUGGUCAAUGGACGCUGUGCCUCUCCUGAAGGCAGUCAGCGACUGGAGAAAUUUACACACUGUGGCCUUCUAUGCUGGACUUUUCCUCCUUGCCUACUUCAGCUUGAAGGGCUCCAGCGAUGAAAGAGAAUGCAAUGGGAAAAGUGUAAUGAAUGGCAAGCAGAAUGCUAAUGGGCAUAGCUGUCACUCUGAAAUGGAAUAUAAGAUACUGGAGGGGAAGUCAAGUUUUGCAUCAAAGGAAGAGAAUGGCAUAAAAAAGCAUGAAAUCCUGAAACUACAGCUUCCUUCAACUGAGAACAUUGUCAUUCUGUCUCUCUCUUUGUUAAUAGUGCCCUUUAUUCCCGCCACAAACCUAUUUUUCUAUGUUGGCUUUGUAAUAGCAGAGCGUGUGCUGUAUGUUCCUAGUAUGGGCUUCUGCCUGCUGGUUACAGUAGGUGUCAGGGCCCUUUAUGUCAAAGCCCAAAAACGCUUUCUGAAGAACUUGGUUUUUUGUUCCACUGCUGCAUUAAUUGUUUUCUAUGGACUCAAGACUGUUGUCAGAAAUGGGGACUGGCAGAAUGAGGAGAUGCUGUAUAGGUCAGGAAUAAAAGUAAACCCCGCUAAAGCAUGGGGUAACCUUGGAAAUGUUCUCAAGAGCCAGAGCAAGAUUUCUGAAGCUGAAAGCGCCUACAGAAAUGCCUUGUACUACCGCAGCAACAUGGCUGAUAUGCUCUAUAAUUUAGGAUUGCUACUUCAGGAAAACAACAGGUUUUCAGAAGCGCUGCAUUACUAUAAACUGGCUAUUGGUAGCAGACCCACAUUAGCUUCCGCCUAUUUAAAUACUGGCAUCAUCCUGAUGAACCAAGGGAAGACAGAGGAAGCCAGAAGGACAUUCCUAAAGUGUUCAGAGAUCCCCGAUGAAAAUUUGAAAGAUCCUCAUGCUCAUAAAAGCUCUGUUACUAGUUGUCUUUAUAAUUUAGGAAAACUUUUUCAUGAACAAGGACAAUAUGAGGAUGCCCUAACCGUUUACAAAGAAGCAAUACAGAAAAUGCCAAGGCAGUUUGCACCACAGAGCUUAUACAACAUGAUGGGAGAAGCCUACAUGAGAAUGAGCCGUCUGCCAGAAGCAGAGCGCUGGUAUGUGGAGUCACUGCGAUCCAAGAGCGACCACAUCCCAGCACAUCUCACUUAUGGAAAGCUUCUGGCUCUGACGGGACGCAAGAGUGAGGCAGAGAAGUACUUUGUGAAGGCAAUUCAGCUGGAUCCUACCAAAGGAAACUGCUACAUGCAUUAUGAAGGAAACAAUUGAGAAGAUAGGCUCCCCAACACCCUUUUCAACAAGAAAGGCAGAGAACAGGUUUAUGUAAGGAUGGAAUGGGAUAUAAGGAGAAGUAAAAUGCUGAAAAACAAACUGGAAAGCUGCCUCCAUCUUUGUGACUGUGAUAUAAGUUCUCUUUGUUUAUUCUGUCAUGUCCUACAAAUUCAGUAAGAAAUUGUCUUAACAGGAAAGCAGCAUCUUUAGCGAACAUUUCCUUGCUCUGGAAACUGCUCAUUCACAGCCAAUGAAUCUGUUUUGAAACUCUUAAAGGAAACAGUUACAUUAGGUCAUGUCUGUUGACUUGGCAUCUUGCAACAUUGAUUCAUCACCCGCAAAGUUUUGGAUAUCAACUCAGAGAUGAGAUUCUUUCCUCUCUUUCCUUCCACAUCGUGCUAUUAAAACUUUUCCAUUUAGAGAAAUACCUGUAUCUGCUCUUUUCCUCCUGAUUGCCACAGAGUUAACGAUGACUUCAGCCGUGAUCCUGCCACUGUGCCAGAGAGAAUACAGUUCAGUUCUCAAGACAUGAUCUUGUAGCCUUUGUGUAUGCUUCAGACUGACAAAAUGCAUUAUCUCACACAGAACCUGAACCUGAUACCUGUUUUGGUCUGUGUUGGAACUCAGAAGUUCUUUGCAAGCACCAACAAAUACUGUGCUUCAGAUCCACAGUGUUCAAUGUGCUGAAGGUAUUGCUAGUGGUAUUCAUUAUAAAUAGAUUUGAUAUGUGGGUUUAUGGUCUUGAUAUAUCCACUUCUCAGGUUAAAAUAGUUAACUUACUGCCACAGAAGGAGAAAAAUCUUUUGGAUAGGAGAAAAUACAAAACACUUGAUGAUAAAAUGUAUAUCUAUUUUUUUAAAAAGCAAAUGUUAACUAUUUCCUAUUAGGGUGGAAUUAGACGUUUUCCUUCUUAUUAGGAAGGCAGUUUGCUUCUUUUUUUCUUGCAUUAGUAAAGGUAUCGGGACAAGAAUAUGAAUUCUUGAAAUUUGAAUAAGAACAAAACCAAUAGUAUUCAGAGAUCAUUCAGAGUGAUUUGUUUUAAAAGCAGUUAGCAAAAUCUUUUGGUACAAAGUACCUUUGAAUGCUUUCCAAUGAAUAAAAAAAUAGAAAAUUUUAAUCAAGGAAAGAUUGGUGCAGCUUUCAGUUUUAUCCAGUGAAAUAAAAGCUCAUAGUGCCUAUAGGUAGAAGUUGAUAAAGCCCAUUCUUGAGGAAUGCAGUACUGUCCUUGUGCUUUUAACAUGAGAGAUAUUUAUGCAUAGGCAUAUCCCAACCAGUUAAUAUUUUUUAUAUUACAACAAAGUAACUGAACUAACCAUUUAGGUCAGUGACUUCUAAAUGGUGCUUGGCACAUGUCUUAACAAAACGCUUUAUAAAUGUUCAUGAUCAUUUUAGAGAGACUGUUACACAGAGUAGAGCUGUUAGCUUUCAUCUCUGUGGAUGAAUAUUGGUUAAAAAUUUUGACAGAAGGUGGUUGGUUUUUGUCAACUACUAGGAAGUGGAAUCUUUCUUUAAAAAAGAAAAUUGAAAUUGAAUUGAAAUACUUUUUUUAAUGUUAUUUUUCAGCAACAGAUAUAUUGCCUCAUUUUUUUUUUUUCCUGUCAAAUGUGGACUCAAACUGCUGUUGAUGAUUUGCAAGAAAAAGUCUGAACAGUGCUGAAGGUGUAAGAUCCUUCAGUAUUCAUGCUGUUUCUGAUGCUUGGAUAUUUUAGAGCUUAGGGGAAAAAA